AUAGUUUUAAAAAAAUCCUUUGAUACUGUUUUAAAAACAUAUUGAAAUGAUUAAAAGAUAUUUUUCGAUCCUGCUAUCACUCAUAGUUGGGGUAAUCGCUCAAAAAAAUGACCUUAAACAAGAAGUAACGCCUGAGACUAUGGACAUUCUAUGCGGCGAUGUUUUCCCAUAUACGUGCCAAGAAUCGAGGUACCGAAGUAUUAAUGCCUCCUGCAAUAAUCUGUUGCAUCCCACCUGGGCAAUGCCAUUUACGAGAAAUUUACGUCUUCUUCCUGCAGAUUAUGCUGACGGAAUUCGUUCUCCUAGGUUGUCCAAAAGUGGACAUCCGUUACCACUUCCUAGGAAACUCAGCACUGAAUUAAACCCCAAUGACGUAAAUGUUGAUAAAAAGUUUACUUUAGCCACAAUGCAAAUGGGUCAGGUUAUUGCACAUGAUUUGUCGUUGGUAAAUGGUCCUAAAGGCACACCGAAAAAUCAGUGUUGUUCAACACAAGGGAAGCUGGACAAAGAUUAUUUUAAAAAACCUUUGUGCUAUCCACUUAUUAUUCCCAAAGAUGAUCCAGGUUACAAAAACAGUGGAGUAGAGUGUCUUUUCCCAUUCCUACGUACUAUUACAGAUUUGGAUAGUGGCUGUUCUAUAGAAAAAGGGGCUGCGACACAGCUGACAGUGGUUACACAUGUCCUAGAUUUAUCUUUAGUUUAUGGAUCUAAUGAUUCAGACGCGUCACUUUUGCGAAGAGGAAAAGGUGGAAGCUUAAGAUUCAAAAUACGAAACAAUCAAGAAUGGCCACCGACCGUAAAAGAACAAUAUAAUCUUUGUAAUGGAACAGCAAACGUUUGUUACAGAGCUGGUGACUCGAGAAUAAAUCAGAAUCCACAAUUAACAGUCUUGCAGAUUGUUUUGUUUAGAGAACACAAUCGAAUCGCUAAAUUCUUGGCUAAACUAAAUUCCCAUUGGUCUGAUGAAAAGAUUUUCCAAGAAACAAGAAGAAUUAUGAUUGCUGUACAUCAGAGCAUUAUAUAUCACGAGUGGUUGCCUUUAAUUUUAGGUCUCAGGAAUUGUUACAAGAACAAACUCAUUUAUAAAACCAAGGAAUAUGUGAACGAUUAUGAUCCUUUAGUGAAUCCCGGCAUUCUCAAUGAAUUUGCAUCUGCCGCUUUUCGCUCCCUCCACACAUUAGUUGCUGGAAAUCUUAAACUUGUUAAGGAGAAUCGACAGUUUCCUAAUUCUAUCUUAAGAUUAGGUGAACACUUUUUCAAUGCAACUAUCGUCGAAAAAGGUCAAAACUAUAAUGAUAUGGCGAGAGGAUUAUUUACCCAGCCUUCAGAAGCGGCUGAUAAGUACUACGAUAAAGAGAUAACUCUUUUUUUGGGAAGAGUAACAAAGAAUCUGGGAACUGAUCUUCGAGCCUUUGAUAUUCAAAGAGGACGUGACCACGGUCUUAGAUCUUACAUUGAAUAUCGCACUUUCUGCGGACUUCCAGAAGUUUCUCGCUGGGAUGACUUGCUAGAUUUAAUUUCUCCUGAGGAUGUUUUAAAAUUGUCCGAUCUAUACGAGACACCAGCUGAUGUAGAUUUAACAGUAGGAGCGAGUUUAGAAAAAAAUGUGCCACACUCUUUGGUUGGACCAACGUUCCACUGUCUUUUAACUCAGCAAUUUCUUAGAACAAGAAUAGGUGAUCGCUACUGGUAUGAAAAUGGAAAUAGUGGAACACCUUUUACCCGUAGUGAGUAA